AUGUCCUUCUUACAGAGCUUCCCCUUCUCUCCCUUCGCGAUCCAACAAGCAGUCAGCUUGGCGAUAAUACCAGAAUCAAUACGUGCCAAACGACAUUACUAUCCUCUUGCACCAGACUGGCGAGGAUCGUUAACCCAAAAAGAGUCGACUCCAGAAAGUUCGGGUGCGGACGCGGGCGCAAGUACCAACGUCCGAGCGGCGACAACAUCAGACGACGCCGGCAACCUCUCAGCUAGAGAUACCGUCAUCAGCGACAUCAACCCCGACGAGCUGUACAAGACGGCACCAAGGCCUAUCAGCAAGACGAGUCCGAAAAUGGCCGUCACUACACCUAUGGUGGCCCCAUCACCUUCAAACCCCUUCGCGCCUUACAGGGGCACUGGCAGCAAGCCUUCUCCUGCCUCUUCCCAAUCGUCACACCCACCUAAGGCAUACAACCAACAACCACCUCAAAAUAAGCGCAACUCCAAUUCCAACUCGAAGCCUUCCGACGAUUAUCCCCCAUCUGGUGGUGCUGGCAGUGCUACUGGCGGCGACCUCUUCUCCACACCUAUCACCUCAGACCUCUCCCUCCCUGCCUGCCUUCAAACGCAGCCUGACCACCCCGUCCCUCGCAAGGGCAUCAAGCAAUCUCAAGGGGGUGCGAUUCCCACCAACAAGUUUCACGCCAACUUCUUCCUUGGCUCACAAUCCUCCACCGUCUGGACACAUCCUUACUCCCUGCAGUGGCCCAAGGGUCAAGGCGAUUCCGGCGCUUGGGGCCUGGCUGUCUCACAUGCUGAUGCCAGUCAGCGCUUCUUUGGCGACCAGGAUCCUAACGGGAAUGGGGCCGUACGUUGGUUCGGGAGUCCUGUGGGACGAGCCGAUGUGGUUCUUUCUGAGGAAGAACUGGAAAAGGGCAACUCGACAGGCGGUGUUGAGCUCACGACUCAGGAUGUCAAGGAGCGCAGCGUUCGUAUGCAGUUGAGCUCGGGAGGAGAUGUCAGGCUGGAGGCGCCUGUUGUGCAGGGCAUGGGCAUGGUGACUGCGCUGUAUAAGCAGGGCACGCCGGUGAUCAAGUCCGGUAUGGGAUGGUCUAUGGUGACCAAGGCCAUGGGCGUGAUGAAACCGGGCGUGGUCAAGUAUCGGUUGGUGCUGAACGACGGAGCGACUUGGUUGCUUUAUGCUACUGGUGGCGAUGUGAGCGCCAUCAAGAGGGGCGAGUUGGGCGGACUGGAUUUGGACGUCCAGGGUAAAAACACCGCUGUGGCCAAGGGGAGCUUUACUGGUAUGCUGCAGCUUGCCAAACUUCCUGGCGGAGGUAAUGGCACUGAGGGCGUGGCGGACGCGGAGAAGCUAUUCGAUGCUGCUUGUGGCACAUAUGCCACUGGUGUUGAACUCUCCGGGUCAGUCGAUGGGCAAAAAGGUCGAUAUACCUUCCACUUCCAGAAGGAGGGAUUGGCGUCCAAUUCUAGUCUCGUCAUGUUCGCUUUGCCUCACCAUCAGGCAUCCUUCAGCUCCGAGACAGCCGCCAAGAUGGCCUCCUCGGUCAAGCUCGACACUACCACCAAGGGCGCCGCUGUCGCUGUGGUUGGCGACGAGUGGACCAUGGAGGAAGAUGUCAGCAAGCCGAUGAGCAUGGGCUUCGUCCCGUGGACCCCUGAAGCAGGCUCCGUCAAGACCAUCAGCGACUCGGCGAAGGAGUACAUCAAGACUGUUGCACAACAGGAACUUCUCGGUACGUUGCAAGGUCAAGGCAUGCUCAAUCAGACGGAUCAGCCGAGUAUGUACUAUGGCGGCAAAGCUCUUGCCAAGUUUGCGGCCAUCCUGGUGGCUGUCAACGAUGUCCUUGGUGAUACCGAUCUGGGGAAGAAGGGGUUGGAGCAAUUGAAGGUUGCUUUUGCGCGGUAUGCGGAGAAUCAGCAGAAGUAUCCCUUGGUUUAUGACCAAGGAUGGGGCGGCAUCGUCUCCUCGGCCUCCUACACCACCGGCGACUCCGGCUCCGACUUCGGCAACACCUACUACAACGAUCACCACUUCCACUAUGGCUACUUCAUCUACACUGGUGCCGUUCUCGCCCACCUCGACCCCGAAUGGGCCUCCUCCAACGCUCAAUACGUCAACGCCCUCGUUCGUGACGUGGCCAACCCCUCCGCCUCUCUCGACCCUCACUUCCCCGCUUUCCGCACCUUUGACUGGUACCAUGGCCACUCCUGGGCUCACGGCCUCUACGAAUCCAGCGACGGCAAAGACCAGGAAUCCUCCUCGGAAGACUCCAUGCACGUCUACGCCCUGAUGAUGUGGGCCCAAGCCACCAACAACCAAGCACUCUACCAGCGUUCUGCUCUCCAGUUAUCCCUCCUCCGUCGCUCACUCAACUCGUACUACCUCUACUCCUCGUCCAACCCCGGCUCGCAGAUCCAGCCAAAGGAGUUCACGCCCAACAAGGUCGCCGGCAUCCUUUUUGAGAACAAGGUCGACCAUGUCACCUUCUUUGGAAACAAGAAGGAGUACAUCCAAGGUAUCCACAUGCUGCCCUUGUUGCCGCAUACCAUGUUCAUCCGCGACAAGGAGUUUGUCAAGGAGGAGUGGGAGCAGUACUUUGCGGGUGGAGGCGCUGAUCAGGCAGAGGGAGGAUGGAAGGGUGUUCUGUACGGCAAUUACGCGACCAUUGAUCCCAAGGGCGCGUGGGAGAUAUUUGCAGGUGCGGGCGUACCGAGCGGUGGUGUGGGUGAUGGUGGCAGUCAACCUGCUGACCCUGUUCCUGCCCCUGGAAAUGGUACCGGGACUGGAAAUGGUACCGCCCCGGGAACAGUUGAGCCGACUGGAACUCCCCUUCCCACAACAACGUCGACAACAUCUCUGCCGACAAGUACCGUCAGUACUCCUGGCCUGACCACUCUUACUCCCACGACUACUGCUACUGCCACUCCCACGUCAACCUCCGAGCCUACCAUUCCCGUUCCUGGGGUACCAGACAGUGGCAAUGGAACAACGAACGGCACAGUCAGUGCCAUGACGUCCAAGAUGGCAAGGAGGACAAUAAGGAGGGCGUUGGAAAAGGGCAAGAUGAAAGUCCCUUCUGUUCGUGCUUCCGUGCCAAAGGCCAAGAGAGGCGGAUUCAGCGCUGAGAAUCUGGAUGGUGGCGCGAGUCUGACCUGGUAUUUGACUUGGUGUGCUGCUUUGGUGGACUUUGAGUCUGCAUCAACAGAAUAG